UGACUGAAAACAGAAAUGGAGCAGCAAGCAGUUCAGCUAGACCGAGACACUUUCUCCUGCCCAAUCUGUCUGGAUCUACUGAAGGAUCCGGUGACUACUUCCUGUGGACACAGCUACUGCAUGAACUGCAUUAAAAGCUUCUGGGAUGGAGAGGAUUACAAAAGAAUCCACAGCUGCCCUCAGUGCAGGAAAACCUUCACACCAAGGCCUCUCCUGCAGAAGAACACCAUCCUAGCAGCUUUAGUGGAGCAGCUGAAGAAGACUGGACUCCAAGCUGCUCCUGCUGACCACUGUUAUGCUGGACCUGAAGAUGUGGCCUGUGAUUCCUGCACUGGAAGAAAACUGAAAGCCAUCAAGUCCUGUUUAGUCUGUUUGGUCUCUUACUGUGAGAAACACCUGCAGCCUCAUUAUGAAGUGGCUCCUUUAAAGAAACACAAGCUGGUGGAGCCGUCCAAGAACCUCCAGGGGAACAUCUGCUCUAAGCAUGAUAGGUUGUUGGAAGUCUUCUGCCGCACUGAUCAGAAGUCUAUCUGCUAUCUCUGCACUAUGGAUGAACAUAAAGGCCAUGAAACAGUGUCAGCUGCAGCAGAAAGGACUGAGAGGCAGAGAGAGCUGGAGGAGAGAAGAAGAAAAAUCCAGCAGAUGAUCCAGAACCAGGAGAAAGAUGUGAAGCUGCUUCAACAGGAGGUGGAGGCCAUCAAUCACUCUGCUGAUAAAGCAGUGGAGGACAGUGAGAAGAUCUUCACCCAGCUGAUCCGUCUCCUCCAGAAAAGAAGCUCUGAGGCGAAGCAGCAGAUCAGAUCCCAGCAGGAAACUGAAGUGAGUCGAGUCAAAGAUGUUCAGGAGAAGCUGGAGCAGGAGAUCACUGAGCUGAAGAGGAAAGACGCUGAGCUGGAGCAGCUCUCACACACAGAGGAUCACAGCCAGUUUCUCCUCAACUACCCCUCACUGCCACCCAGGGAGCCUAAAGGCUCAUCCAGCAUCAACAUCCGUCCUCUGAGACACUUUGAGGACGUGACAGCAGCUGUGUCAGAGCUCAGAGACAAACUACAGGACGUCCUGAGAGACUCAUGGACAAACAUCUCACUGAUGGUCACUGAGGUGGAUAAUCUAUUCUCAGAACCAGAACCAAAGAGCAGAGCUGGAUUAAUAAAAUAUUCAUGUGAAAUCACUCUGGAUCCAAACACAGCGAACACACGGCUGGUGCUGUCAGAGGGGAACAGAAAGGUGACGGCGAUGGGUCAGCCUCAGUCUUAUUCUAGUCAUCCAGGCAGAUUCACUAAUCAUCCUCAGGUUCUCAGCAGAGAGAGUCUGACUGGACGAUGUUACUGGGAGGUGGAGUGGAGCGGGAAACAAGUUUAUGUAGCUGUUGUAUACAAGAAUAUGAGCAGAGCAGGAGAUGGGGAUGAAUGUUUAUUUGGAGGUAAUGACAAAUCUUGGGCUCUAUACUGUUCCCAAAGCAGUAUGGAAUUUGGUCACAACAACAUCUGGACCUCCAUCUCGAGUCCAGUUUCCUCCAGAGUGGGAGUGUUCCUGGAUCACGGAGCAGGUCUUCUGUCCUUCUACAGCGUCUCUAAGACCAUGACUCUCCUGCACAGAGUCCAGACCAGAUUCACUCAGCCGCUGCACGCUGGGGUUUGGCUUCAUAACACUGCAUGUUCUGCAGAGUUCUGUAAGCCCAGAUAGAUUUUCUCUCUCCUCUCUGAUUGUUGAUCAGCGUUCAUUGUUCUGAUGCCUCUGCUGUUCUGUUCUUUAUUUUUCUGCUUUAAAUGUAGUUCUCUGUGGUCCAGGAACCAUAAAGAAAUUCACUGCUAUUAGAAUUUUUUUUCCUUUCCAUUCAUUUUUGUAUUUUGGGACAUUGCUUUGACCUGACUGAUGAUUGACUUUGAUCAAUUAGGAGUUUAAAUUAAUGCUAUUGUUAACCUCCUAUCUGUUGCAGGCUUGCUUCAUGUUUUGCUGAUUUUAAGCUGUUAUUCUUAUGAUAUUGUAUUGUUGUCUUGGUUCAAGUCUGUUAGAGAUUGUGUCGGUCCAGAACCAAUGAAUUCAGCUUUGCUAGAAUUUAUUCAUCCAUCUUUCAGUCUCUUCUCCCGUUCUCUCUUCCGGCCCCCGAGCCUCACUUUGGACACCCCUGGUCUACAGUCAAAGGUGCAGUUCAAUCAGCGCCAAUAAAAAUUAAUGGUGCCCGUAGAUUGGCUGCUUUUCAAAUGCCAGCCAAGAUUUCUGUGAGGAUUUGAGUUUUCUGUGUGUUUAUUUAGGUUUCUGUGUCAGUUGAGUUUCUGUGUUGUCCUGUCUACCCCUUGAUUGAUCCCGGCUGUGUCCUGUUUCCUUGAUUACUCCUCGUGUAUUUAAUCCCACCUGUGUCUCUUCAGGUCUUUGUCUAUUCUGUCUGAAGUUGUAUUUAUUGUUAGUUGCUACCAGUGAGUGUUUGUUUGCCUCUGUUCACCUGUGCUGCCUGGAUUUGUUUAUUAUUCUUCAUUAAAACAUAAUUUACUCUUCAUAUCUGGCUCCAUCUCAUAUACUUCACCACGUCACCUCCACAUACUGUGACAAUUUCAGCUUCCCAAGCUACAUUUUGUUUCAAACAUGUUUGAAAAAAAAAUCAUUGUGAAAAUUAUCUGUGAAUUACUGUAGGUCAAAUACUGAAAAAACUUUAGUUCGUUAAAUUCAUAAAAAACUAAAACUUUGUUCAGUGUGUAAACAUCAACAAACUGAGCAGCAGCCUUUUAAUGUACUUUGUUUAGAGUUUAGCACAAAUCAGAUAAAGGUUGGAGACAUAUACGUUUGAUACAUAAAUUAACUUUGUGAAGGAAUGAAACCACAUUUUUUAAUGGUAAAUGUUUGUUACAUUUAAUAGUUUAAAUAAAAAUGUAUAUAAAAAAUUUGAUAAGUGGUGGGCAGUGCUAAAAGUUAGUUGCACUAAUCUUAUAGCACCAAUCAUUAGCAUUAGCUCCUCUAAUGCUAAAUCAACAUAGCAAUUAGUGGAAGCUAAUGCUAACACACUAAUUUUAACCAUAUUUGAUACCAUCAUACAUAUGACACGUAGUAUUUUCCCUUCACAGGAUCACAUUUGUUUUUGCACAUCUUGAGCUUCAGGAAGUGAGUUUUGGACCAGGCCUUUCACUCCUGGUUUCAGUUUUAUGGUUGCUAAGUAUGGCUAACUCUGAAGCUGAUGUUACCUGAUUGGUUCACCUUUUGCCGUUGCAACUACGUCACUAAAUCGUUCGAAGCGCCAUAAUGGACGUAUUAAAUGAGGAUCGGGAGUUUUGAACUGAGCGACUGAAGUUGUUUUCCCAAGUUGUUUUAGUCAGUUUAUUCAUGGCUUCUUCUUGUUCGAGUCGAGCUAAUUUAUCUUUGAAAGUAACAGACCUGGCUGGGGCUCACUGACAGCGGUUUUUACAGAUGCCUGAAACAGCUAGCUUAGAAACCGACCUAUACAUCCUCCCCCCUGACAUGUUGAUCAAAUUACCAGGUUUGCCUGAAUUCACACUACAUGAUUUAUAUCACCGUCAUAAACAGCGUUUCCCCUUAAGCCGGAGCACCUUAAAAACGUAUAAAAGACGAGAUGCUAACCAGUUUUUUUCCAAACAUGCUAGGCUACAUGACGGUGCGGCCUGGCUUCCAUGGUUACUGAUGGCUCGACGAGUACCUUCGCCAUAAUGGAAAAUUUGACAUUUUUCUAAUCAUACUGACUUAUAAAUUAUAUGAACUUAAUCUUACCUUGUAA